GACUGAGUGAGAACUAUUCACGCUAGUCCUCGGUUCGUCAGACAUUGGACAUAAAUCAUAUUUUAUGAAAUAUUAUGAUAUUGACCUUAAUCAAUAAUUUCUGGCGGGAAAUAUUCCUUUACUGCUUCCCACUGACGUGCGAGUACUUAAGUACAAUGGCUAGAGGACUCAUGCUCAUUUACAAGCGUCCUUGUUAAGGAUUACUAUUUGACAAAAAGAAUUAAUGAAGUCAGUGGGAAGGAGCUGACAGUGUGGACAAUUUAAGAGGUCUAUUAAAGACAAGGGACCAUGUGCUUUUUAAUCCCCUUAACCAUCUCCAACACAGCGUUAUGGGUCAUCAUAUCCAUCCUAUCUGUACAAUUUUAUUACACAAAGGAGUUUUCAUGGCCACAGACUAAAAAACAAACAGCAGAUUUUAACCUCACACCUGCAGGGAGACAGUCGGGCAUUAGAAGCAUAAAUCUAAAACCAAAGAUCUGGAAAGAUCAAAUAAAACGCCGAAUUUGUGAAAUUAUUCGAUGUGAUAACAGAGGUGGACAGGCGAGAAAGGACACAGCACCCGGCAUCAUUUUCACACCUAUAAAACCGCCAGAUUUCGAUAAAAAAGAGGUGGAGAAAGUCACGCCCCCUGUGAUCAAACCAAAACCAGUGUUCUCAAGUCCAGCAGAAACCACAAUGGACCCAAAGUGUAUGACGUUUAGAGUUCCCGAUGAGUACUUGGAGGAGGGUGUUGAUAUACUUGGAGCAGAUAUUUACAUCUAUUUCAAAGUUAAAAAACGUCGUAAAAGAACAAGACGGGUUGUCUUAAAAGUAUUUUCUCUACUAUCCGGAACUAAACGAAAGACGACUGUCGCCAAAUUAAAAGUUCGGCCAAGUGACACAGCAUGGUAUAAAGUGUCACUUCCGCUAUCUGUGAUGAAAAGUGUGGAAAACCGGAACAACAGAACGCUAUCUAUGUGCAUAGACUGUAAACGAUGCAACAGCCGAACGAAGAUAACAUUUCCGUUAAAAACUCAUCCAUCACGUCGAAAACGGAAGAAGACUAAGAAAAAUAAAGGAAAAGGCAAUAAAAGGAAACAGAGACACACAAAGAAGAAAAAGAAGCAAAAGAAAUUGAGAGUUCAUAGGCCAUUUCUUAUAUACCGAUUUAGGCAUAACCAUCGAUCUAAACGAUUUAUACAUAAUUGUUCCUCAGUAUCGGAUACUCAAAAAUGUUGUAGGCAUGAAGAAUUUGUGUCAUUUUCUGAUCUGGGAUUUGAUCAAGAUAUUCUUUUCCCUGCCGGGGUGUCGUACUCAGUAUGUAUGGGGACCUGUGACAGCGGUAUUUCUCAAAGGUCUACUAAUUAUACCAACCCUUUGGAUACUGACCUUAGUGCUAGAGCACCUGUUUGUGACGUAACGGACUCAGAAGAAACUAGCACAUUCAUAGUAUUGCGCAAUCGAAUUGGAAUUUUGACAAUGAAGAAUGGAAAUGUUUUAAAUUGUGGAUGCAGUAUAUAAUAUAUGCACGAUUAGUAUGAUUAAUUCAAUAACUGUUGGAGGCUGUGCCUUUAAUUUCUGCUUGCUUUCACAUCCGUUUACAUCAAAGUAAUGAUUAUAUGUUUCUAUUUCAUACAGAGUUUGACUUUUACAUUGUUUUACGUACAUGUGAUGUACAGGCAUGUAUAUACAUACAUUAUACAUAUACUUAGUCAAAUCAAAAAUCCAUUUGAUAUUAAAUGUGUUCAAUUCAAAUCAAGAAAUGGCAAUAUAUAAUGAGCAUUGUCAAUUGUACUGAUUAGUGGACUUUGAAGUUUUUAUUAUUAUUUCGUUUUAUACAUUCUGAUUGAUUGAUUGUUUAUGGUUUUACGCCGUUUUGGCAAUACUUCUACAUUCCAAUAUCGCACACAUUCUGAAAAACGCACAUAAAUGAUAGGGUGAAACGAUACAGUACCUUCUCGAUUCGAUUCGAUACUUUAGUCUCGAUUCGAUGAUUUUUUAUUCGAUACAAUAGCAUGUUCCAAAUUCUUUAUAAUGCUUAGAUUUUUUUAUGUUUAUUGUAAUUAUUGUUGUCUGCAGAUAAAUUCUACAUAAUAUAAAAACGUUUAACAUAAAGCAACACUCUUAUCACUUGUCCUAAAGCCGAACUGUCACUAUACCCAGGAUUUAUACAUUGAGGGUGCAUUUUUCAACUCGACUGUGUCGAUUUUGGUACAGCAAAGUUUACUCGUUCGUUGAUUGGGCAAUAUUCAAUUCCAUUGGCCAAUCAGAAACCGUGUUAUCAAAAACAAUGUAUGCUAUGAUUCUAGAACCGUAUCGAACUGAAGCAGACCCGGAAUAAAUCGAACAUCGAAUCGAGACCUCUACAUCGCGAUUCGGCCGCAUCGCGAUGUAUCGUUUCACCCCUAAUAGAUGAUUGCAGUGAACUCCUAAAUAAGCAUAACUGCCUUCAUUGAAGAAAUAUUGAAAAUAAUUCAAUAUCUUUUCGAUACGAAGAAAUAUUUUAUAUCAAGCACAGAAACAUUCACUAUAUUCUAAUACCCACUUCCGCCCGUCCAGGGUUGUACUCAAGACCUGCGGAACCAACUCUCCUAACAUCGUGUGAUCAGCGUGCUAGACUCAUAUCAAAACUUGCUUUCGAUGACGAUGGGAUUCUCACCACACUGUCACUCGCUACACGAUCAUUGAUAAUGAAAAAGGGAUACAGUUACUUGACGUAAGUCUAAGAGGGCCAUACAAGAUACACACUGCAUUUAGAAUAUCUGUACUUAUAAAUCAACAAAGUAUGCCAAUAAAAUCUGAAAAGC